UGGUGAUGAACUUUUCGGUCUAAAAGAUCCUAUUACUCAAAAAAAAUUGACAGAUCAUCAAAAACUUACCUGUACAUCUAAGUAUUGGAAUAAUUUAAAUAUCAUGGAACCUUUGUACUUAUAUCAUUUAAAGUCACGUACAUUAGCUGAUGUCAAUUGGUACAAAUUGUUUAAAAAUUGGUCUCUUCAAAGCAGCAAUAUUAUUGAGAUUCGAUCAGAACUUUCCUGUAUAUAUCCUUCUGAUUAUAUUUUUAAUGACAGGGAGUAUCGUGCUUGGCGUUCAUUAAUAAAAGCUGCAGUACCUUUAUUUAUAAUUUUUAGUGAAUUUUGGACAAGAAAUCCUAAUCCUUCAUAUGAUAAGGAAACAUUAUUUAUGCUUUAUGAUAAAGGAUUCCUUUCUCCUACUCCAUCUCCAAGUGAACCAAUAUGUGACCUAGAAACAUGUAACAAUGCUCAACGGUUUGCUAAAAGUAUUUCUGAUGCCAUAGAUGCAAACAAAAAAGGAUUAGAAGGAAAAUGUAGAAUACUAUCAAUUGUGGCAGAUAAUUUUACUUUAGAAGAACUUAGGAAAUCAAAUUCAGAAAGUUUAUAG